AUGGCCGACUUCUCUGAAUACACGGGCCCCAGCCCAGAAUGGCUUGCUCUCGAGCCAACGCUGCCUCAGCCACCCAAGAACCUGUCAGUGGAAGAACUGAAGGCACUGUUGAACAAAAGCCGCGAGGAAACUUCCACACAAGACAUGAUCCACCAAGGCCUCAGCUCCAAGGUCCAAAUCCACGAUCACAUAGUCAUAGCCCGUGACGGCGCAACCCUCGAAGCGCGCACUUACCGCCCCGCCGGCGUCCCAAUCUCCGAGCGUCUACCUGUGUACAUCCAUCUUCAUGGCGGAGGGUUUCUCUUUGGGACCCUUUCUUCUGAGGACGCAGCCUGCUCGCGCAUUGUCGCUUCGCGCGCUGAGCAUGGUAGUCCCGUUGUAGUCUUCAAUGUGAAUUACCGGCACACCCCAGAGUAUCGCUACCCCACCGCUUGGAACGACGUCGAGGACGCCUUCAUCUGGGUACACGAGCACAUUUCCGAUAUUGGCGGAAUCAGCGAGCAGCUUGUUGUGGGCGGCAUUUCAGCUGGAGCAUGGAUGACUGCAUCGUUGACGCUGGCUCAGCUGAGUGGCAAGGAUAAGCGCUUAGCAGAUUGUCCCAAGAUCGCGGGACAGGUGCUGAUGAUUCCUUGUCUUGUUCUAUUGGAUCACUAUGCACCACGAAAGGAGAAGCUUAGGAGUCCUGAGUUGUCAAGCUACGUGCAAUGUGCCGAAGCACCCAUUUUGCCGAGUAGUCGGCUGCAAUUGUUUAACAAGCUACUUGGGUUAUACGAUGCCAAGGAUGCCAGAGAAGAUCGCCAAAUGAAUCCCGGCAAUGCGACUACAGAUGAAGUCAAGGAUCUGCCUCCUACUACCUUUGGAAUUGCAGGAAAUGAUCCAUUGAGAGAUGAGGGUCUGUUCUAUGGAAAGCUGCUUAGUGAAAAUGGUAUACCUACCAAUGUUCAUGUCUUCCGCGGUGUACCUCAUGGAUUCAGGCGGUAUGGAGGCAAACUGUCCGCAAGCAAGAAGUGGGAUGAAGUGAUGAGCAACGGCAUUGCAUGGGCGCUGGCAAAUCCAGUGCCUGGUCCAUUUGAAAUCAAGUCGGACUAA